AUGGAUGGAUUUGGAACCACUUCUGGUGUUGUUGUACUUGCUGGCACAAAUCGACCUGAUAUAUUGGAUAACGCUUUGUUAAGACCUGGUCGGUUUGAUCGUCAGAUUACAAUUGAUAAGCCUGAUAUUAGAGGUCGUGAGCAGAUAUUUCGCAUCUAUCUUGAUAAGCUGAAACUUGAGCAAAAGCCAUCAUAUUACUCCGAGAGGCUUGCUGCUCUGACUCCUGGAUUUGCUGGAGCAGACAUUGCUAAUGUCUGUAAUGAAGCAGCAUUAAUUGCUGCAAGGAGUGAGGAUACAUUAAUUUCAACUGAACAUUUUGAGUCCGCUAUUGACCGUGUGAUUGGAGGUCUUGAAAAGAAGAACAAGGUUAUAAGCAAGAUGGAGCGAAGAACUGUUGCUUACCAUGAAUCUGGUCAUGCUGUUUCUGGUUGGUUUUUGGAACAUGCUGAACCAUUGCUUAAAGUUUCGAUUGUCCCUCGUGGCACUGCAGCCCUUGGUUUUGCUCAGUAUGUUCCAAAUGAAAAUCUUCUGAUGACGAAAGAGCAGCUGUUUGAUAUGACAUGCAUGACUCUUGGUGGUCGAGCAGCUGAGCAGGUUUUGCUUGGGAAGAUCUCAACAGGAGCCCAAAAUGAUUUGGAGAAGGUCACCAAGAUGACGUAUGCCCAAGUGGCCAUUUAUGGCUUCAGCGACAAAGUUGGUCUUCUUUCUUUUCCUCCAAGGGAUGAUGCCUUUGAGAUGAGCAAGCCCUACAGCAACCAGACGGCUGCAAUUAUUGAUUGUGAAGUAAGAGAAUUGGUGGCAAAAGCAUAUGAUCGGACAGUGCAACUGAUAGAGGAACAUAAAGAUCAUAUUGCUCAAAUUGCUGAACUACUACUAAAGAAGGAGGUCUUGCAUCAAGAAGAUUUGGUCCAAGUACUAGGUGAGCGCCCGUUUAAGAGUAGUGAGCCAACUAAUUAUGAUAGAUUCAAGAAAGGGUUUGAAGAAGAUAAAGCAACUAAAAACAGUUCAGAAGGUAAAACUACCGAUGGAUCAUCAUCUCUUGAACCAGAUAUCGUUCCAGCGUGA